AUGAACAAUACUACUCCUCCCCUCCCGUUUCUGCCUCUUCCGACCUGUCUCAGCCAGAGCCAGCUGAACGACAGCUCCAGUGUGGCGGGACUGUCUUUUGGGGCCGAAGGUGAUAGGUCACUCAUGCCCGUCCCACCGCGCAUCCUUUCGCCUGAUCUGUUCCGGGACAAGCGAGAAUUAGAGGGACUCGUCGAUUGGCCACCGUUAACUCCACUUUGUCGGUUAUUACUGGGGACCAGGGCCGUUGGGAACUGCUAUCCACGAGUGACGGGCGACAGACGACUAGACAGGUUUUUGUGA